AUGGGGAAGCACUUGUUCCGACCAUCAUCUCCGACGGAGAAACAACCAGCUCACCAGUCGCUCGCCGAAGCAGCUGUCCAGGAGUGUAUGAGCGGCAUCACCACCGUCAUAUCCAAAUGGACUUCUUCUUCCGACGAAUUCCUCUUCUCCACCAACAGUCGCCGUGAGGCGGAGGAGUUUGCGAGCGCCGUUAAGCAUCUGCAGAGCACCAUGCACCGUUUGGUUUCCGUUAAUCCUUCCUCCGAGAAGCUGAUCUACGCGCAGAAUCUGAUGCAAUCGGCGAUGAAGCUUCUCGAAUCGGAGUUUGAACGCGUCCUGAAAGAGAAUCGGGAGUAUCUGGAUCCGGAAUCCGUCUCCGUACGGUCCUGCAGAUCUUCCAGAUUCAGCAAUUCGACCACCACCAGCAUCUCCGACUCCGAAGACGAGAGCACUUACGAGGAGAACCCCGACGAUCACAGAUUCUCAGGCGGAGAUUCCGACGCCAUGGAUGACCUGAAAAUGAUCGCGGAUUGUAUGAUCUCCACGGGAUACGCCAAGGAAUGCGUUAGCGUUUACAGAACCGUGCGGAGAUCGAUCGUCGACGAGACGCUGCAUAAUCUGGCGGUGGAGCGAUUCACUCUCCACCAGAUUCAGAAGAUGGAUUGGGAGAUUCUCGAAUCGAAGAUCAGAUCGUGGUUACGAGCUGUGAAAUUGGCGGUUAGGUCUCUGUUCUUCGGCGAGAGGAUUCUCGCUGACCAUGUCUUCUCCUCCUCCACUAACAUAGUCGAAUCCUCUUUCACCGAUAUCACGCAAGACGGAGCUUUAACCCUUUUCGCUUUCCCGGAAUAUGCGGCGAAGAUCAAGAAAUUAUCACCGGAGAAAAUGUUCCGGUACCUGGAUAUGUACGAAGCUCUUGCGAAUCUCUACGUGGAGGUCGAAUCGAUUUUCUACUUCGACUCAGCAGCCGCCGUUAGGUCUCAGCUGAUCAACUCUCUAGCCAGACUCGGCGACGCCGCAAGGUCGAUGAUGACGGAUUUCGAAUUGGCGAUUCAGAAAGAAACGUCCAAAACGCCGGUUACCGGCGGCGGCGUUCAUCCGCUAACUCGUUACGUCAUGAAUUACCUCUCCUUCCUCACCGAUUACAACGAAUCGAUCGGCGCAAUCUUCGAAAACUGGAAGCUAAGCGAGUCGUCUCCCUUGCCCUUGCCGGAAUCCUUAUCUGGCGAGGCUCAUCCGGAGGACUUGUACUCAUCUCCGGUGUCCGUACGAAUCGCCUGGGUGAUUCUCCUCACGCUCUGCAAAAUCGACGGCAAAGCUCAGCCGUACAAAGACGUCGCUCUGUCUUACCUCUUUCUCGCCAACAAUCUCCAAUACGUCGUCGUUAAAGUCGGGACGUCGAACCUGAGGCUCCUUCUCGGCGACGAUUGGGUGGUGAGGCACGAGGCGAAGGUGAAGCAGUACGCAGAUAAGUUCGAGAAGCUCGCAUGGGGGAAAGUGCUGACGUCAUUACCGGGGCAUCCGGCGGAGGAAAUGUCGCCGGAGGAGGCUACAGAGAUAUACACCAGAUUCAACGAAGAGUUCGAGGCGUCGUACCGGAGACAGAUAUCGUGGGUCAUACCCGACCCGAAACUUAGGGAUGAGAUCAAAAUCUCGCUGAGUCGGAAACUCGUGCGGGUUUGCACCGAGUUUUACGAGAGAAACCGAGACACCGAGUUCUACAAGGUAAAUGUUGCCAGAUAUACCCCUGAAGACAUUGGAAAUUACCUCUCGGAUCUUUACUUCGGAAGCAGAGGCUCCGGGAGUGUUUCGGCAAAAGGAUCCGGAUCCGGAACCGGUUCGUCGACUACGGGUAAAUCUCGGGGAGGACGUAGCCAUUAA